AUGCGCCCCGUCACGUUGACCAUCCUCGUCACGCUUCUUCUAGCAAGCUCCGUUCAAGCGGAUUGGUGGGAUGGAUUCACUGAUACAGUGAGCGGAGGGCUCAACAACGCCGCCGGAUGGUUCAAAGAGAGCGCCUCGCCAGCAAUCCGUGACAAAUUCAACGAGUACAAAGAGAAGCUUCAAGACCCAGAAACCCAUAAGAACAUCAGAGAAUGGUUGUCGGAGAAGUACGAUGCUGCGUCGGAAUUCACCAAGGAGGAGAUUGUGCCAGAACUGAAGAAGGUCUAUGAGGCGGCCACUGCCGAUGUGACGACGAAUGAGCCGAAGGAGGAGAAGGAGGAGGAGAAGAGAGAGGAAUAG